GAGUUUUACCUGUGUGCGUAUUGUAUAUUUUAUAGAUGUGUGGACUGUCAGUUUGUUCUGCGUGCGGUGAAGUUCGUGUGUAAUCGUUGUUGGUUAUUCGUCCUUGUGUAUUGUUUUGAUACAGCUCCUAAAUAUGAAUAAUACUCCAGACUCGGAAGGAAAUGGUUGCGGCAGAGGCAGAGGUCGUGGCCAUGUAGACUGGUCCAAACCAUUACGCCGGCCACAUCAGAGCACAAUUACUCCAGGGAAAAUACAGGAGGGACCAACAACAUAUGCUGAUUGUGCUGAGGCAGCUGGAUUGCCUGGAAAUUCUGAACAGGUCACUGGAGCAGGACUUACAGUCCAAGAUCCUCAGUGUGAAAGUCUUGAAAAAGAUGUACUAUGCUUCAUGUCUAAUUUUAUAAUGGAGGUAACUAAUUCACCAGGUAGUUUUGAAUUUGAAUCGGAGGUGGCACUGAGAGAUUUAAACAACUGGGCAACAAAUGCAUCAAUUACACAAAAAGUAUCUAUGAUGAUUGUUGAAGAGUCCAUCACACAACCAAAUUUUAGGUACAGUGGUGCAAGGCUUUGCAGCACAUUGAUCAAAAAAUGUCAAGAUAUGCAACUAGAUACAUUUUGGGACAGUUUAAAUUCCGAGUUGAAAGAAGAAAGAGAAAAGGCCACUGAUCUGCUUCAUGAAAAUCCAGAGAGACUUCGUGGUUUCCUGAUGUUUUUGGCUGAGCUGUUUGUGCAGCUUGAAGGGGAAACUUUUCUUUGCACUGAAAUUUGUUACAUUAUAGAUCUUCUGCUAUUCAAUGAAAUGCCGGAAAAUGUGAAGCGUGUAUGCCAGACGUUAAAACUGGCUGGCAGAUACAUAGAUUCGAUGGAUACUGUUGCAAUGGAUAGAAUCAUGAAUAAACUUUGUAAAUUAACAAAUAAAGCCACGUGUGAUAAAAGCUUAUCAUGUCAGAUAAUGUCGGUGGCAGAACUCCGCAGGGCAAGUUGGGGCAGUAAUGUGAAUGAAGCACCAAACCAAAAUUCAGAGUCCUCAGUGGUUAAUGUCGGAAGUGAUCCAAUUUUUUAUGGCCCUGAUGGCAGUAUUCUGUCUGCAGAGGAGAGUAAAUUCCUUGAAGAGAAUUAUGAAGAAGUAGGAACAGCUGGUGAAGAUGAUAUGGUAAUUUGGGAUUAUGAGGAUCCAAUGAAUGGACUAGAUGAUGCAUUUGAGGAAUUCCUGAGGUUCUCCAAACAGCAGUAAAACUAAUAACUUGUGCUGUGAAAAUCUCAUCACAAAAACAGUAAUUCUUGAGAUAUAGAACAUCAUCGACAUCAAUGCCACCGAAGACUGUCGACACUAAUGUCAACAUCUGACAUUAGACAACUAGCAUUUUUUUCUUGACAGUUUUAUACAUGCAGAAGGCUUGUGAAUUAUGUUUUCAGAUGAAGAUUAUGAAUACAGUAAACUCUGGAUUAUGUAAAUGGUGAGAAGGUGAUGAAAAUAGCACAAAGGCAAGAAACUGGAAAUGAGAAAUACUGUCUAUAUAAAAAUGUUUUGCAUUUUUGUUAGUAUAAAUUGCAAGGUCUUUAAACUUUCAGAAAAUAGAAUUUGUUUGCUUUCAAUAGUUCCUGGUUUACUACAAAAACUGCAAAUAAUACUCAAAUAUUUUGUCACUGACUGGGGGCUUAAAAAAUCAAAUCAAAUCGAGGAGAUCCAUUUCAAAAUGAGGAAUUACAAGAAUCUCAACAGAAGUUUGAGAAGAAAUGGGGACCAAAGUUAUAAAAUUCAGAUUUUACUGUAUUUUCCUUUAUAUUAGUACCUGAUUUUUUAAUUUAUACGAGUUCGCCAGCAAGGGGUGUGUGUGUGUGUGUGUGUGUGUGUGUGUGUGUGUGUUUUGUAGUAAUUAUGCCUAUGUUUUCAUUUCAUACUAAGUUAAUUGUAAUAGUAUUUCAAAACAGCAUUUAUUAUAAAUGAAUUCUCUGUUUUCAUUUUUCAUUGUUGCUUUCCUUUUACUGUUUCCAAGAUUGGUGAAGUGCUAUACAAACCCUGAAAUGUACUUAUUUUGUGUGUGUGUGUGUGUGUGUGUGUGUGUGUGUGUGUGUGUGUGUGUGUGUGUGUGUUUGGUGAAGUGCUAUACAAACCCUGAAAUGUACUUAUUUUGUCUUUGUGUGUGUGUGUGUGUGUGUGUGUGUGUGUGUGUGUGUGUGUGUGUGUGUCAGUUUUUAUAUCUAUUUUGGAACAAUUACUACUAGUCAAUGCCAUUGGAGAUGCAAAUCAUGUGAGAGAUUUUACUGUCAGUCAGUUUUGUCUUUCACACACCAAGAUCUUUUAGCUGUGUAGGAAAGAUUUCAUUUUUACUGCUGGUGAUUAGUGUAGUGUGAAUGUGAAUCAUCUGUUGCUUUCAAAAAUUCAACAAAAUAUUUAUUUUCAUAAACUUGUUAAUAAAUGAUAGUUCAUCCAGUGAAAUCUAUAAGAAACGCAUGCACUAAAUGAAAACCGCACAGUACUUUAUAAAACUGCAAAUGAUAUUGAGAGAUUUUAUUGUUGUAUUUUUGUUUUUGUUGUUCUGCUGUUUUACUGGUUGUGAUGAAAACUGUCUUCAGGUAGGUACAUUGGACUGUGUAACAAUGAAUUAUGUUCAGUUAAGUCUGAUUUGUUGAGGUAAUGCUAAGAGUGAUUCAGCCUUUGAAUAUUGUUUGAUCUAUCAUUGUUAAGAAUUUUUUGUUUAUAAUAUGUGUAGCUGUAAAUGUAGUUGUGUAAAUAGUAUUAUCAAUUCUUUUGUGGAUGUCGGUACACUCAUAAAUUUUUAUAACAAAAUAUGUAUUUUCUUAAAUAAAAAAAAAAGUAAUGUUGGAUGUAAAAGUGUGCAAUGUGUA